CAAGUUAGCGCAUGCGCACUGUCCCGGCGUUCAUCCGACGUUUUCCGCCAUUUUGGUCGUGACCAGAAACACAGAAGAUCCUCCAUUUCCCACUCACCUGAAGACAGUUAGACGUCUUUAAGAAGCCAGAAUGUCUAUCGGGGUCCCCAUCAAGGUUCUGCAUGAAGCAGAGGGCCAUAUUGUCACACUGGAGACCACAACAGGCGAGGUGUACAGAGGGAAACUGGUGGAAGCAGAAGACAACAUGAACUGUCAGAUGGCCAACAUCACAGUCACCUACAGGGAUGGACGUGUGGCACAGCUGGAGCACGUUUUCAUCCGUGGCAGCAAAAUCAGGUUCAUGAUAUUACCAGACAUGUUAAAGAACGCUCCUAUGUUCAAGAGUCAACAGAAGGGACAGAAGGCAGCCAUGGGCAAGUCUGCCAUCCUCAGAGCACAAGCUGCCAGGGGUCGCGGACGGGGAAGAGGCAAUGUUUUCCAGAGAAGGCGAUGAUAGACCAACCAGACAGAAGCAAGGGCCUUUUUUGUACCAAGUCCUCCUUUUUGUAUCCUCUAUUUUUGUUUCAUGUAGAACUGCACACUUUUUGUAAAAGCAGUUCAAUAUGCACAGUAGUGUAUCUGUUGACUGGCUGUAUUAUUUUGUUUCACUAGGAAGUAGCGUGAAGAAAAUGGCACAUAUUUUGUAAACUAAGGUCAUCAAGAAAAGUUUGGUCAUGGACUGGAAAUUUCUUAAAGAAAAUAACAGGAAGUUUAUCUUUGAUUUUUCGCCUUUGUUGUACUUAAGUAAAACCAUGUUCGAUGGAUUGAUACUGGACAAUAGUGGGGCUUUUCUUUGAGUACCGUGUACCUGUUAUAAGAUAUUGAGUGUAAAAGUAUGCAUCUUUGAACUGCUGUGUUGUGUCUGACAGUCUCAUUUUGGCAAAGAGCUUGUCUCAUUUAAACCACAAACUUCUAAAACUUGGUAUUUUUCAAGUUCUUUUUUCUCCUGUGCUAAGAAAGAUCAGCAUUAAGUGGCGUACAAGGCGGUCUCAAAUAUUUCAUGAAAAGAAGGCAAAAAAUGUAACUCGUACAAAUAAGAUUGUAAACGAAAUAAAGUUCCUUGAAUUUCAUAUCUCAUAAAUAAUGUUGAUGAUUAGAUCCUUUGCAACGAACCUUGCCAAGUGAUGGGAUCCACAUUCCAGAAGUCAAUUUUUGUAUGGGUCUCUUUAGGUACCAUCAACUUAGUUUAAAUUUCUCAGAUAAUAAAAUGGUAGUA